AUGGCUGCCUACCUGCAGUGGCGGCGUUUUGCUUUUUUCGACCGGGAGCCGUUGACGGACUCCGGCGGGAACUUGGUGCUGCUCCCUCCGGGCAUCGUGGUCUGCGACUCGGGCCGGGGCAGCCUCGUUUUCGGGGAUAUCCUUCCGUGGCUGUGGCAGAUAUGGUUCCUGCCGCGCUCCUUGGACUUGAGCAGCUUCCAGGCCUACAAGCUGCGGGUGACGCACCUCUUCCAGCUGAAGCAGCACAGCAUCCUGGUGUCGGUGGGCGAGGAGGAGGAAGGGAUCAAUCCCCUGGUCAAAGUCUGGAAUUUAGAGAAACGCGAUGGUGGGACACCUCAGUGCACCAGGAUUUUCCCUGCAAUACAAGGCAACAAACUCACACUGGUAUCCUGCAUCACCGUCCAUGAAAAUCUCAACUUCAUGGCUAUUGGCUUUGUGGAUGGGAGUGUAGCGCUUAUCAAGGGGGACAUUACAAGGGACCGGCAUAGUAAAACUCAAGUCCUACAGGAAGGAGGCCACCCAGUUACUGGGCUUGUGUUUCGCCAAUCAAGCAAAACAACUCAUCUGUUUGUAGCUACCACUGGGAGAAUUCAGUGUUACACACUUUCAGUGAAAGACUGUCCAUUGCUGGAACUGGACAUGCGUGGCUGUGGACUGCGCUGCUCCACGCUCAGUGAUCCCUCCCAGGACCUCCAGUUUAUAGUGGCAGGAGAUGAAUGUGUAUAUCUGUACCAGCCAGAUGAGCGUGGGCCUUGCUUUGCUUUUGAGGGUCAGAAGCUGAUUGUCCAUUGGUAUCGAGGCUAUUUGAUCAUCAUGUCCAAGGACUGGAAAGCAUCUCCCAAAUCCGAGUUUCCUGGGGGAGAUCCACAAAACUCUGACAAGCAAAUCCUGAAUAUUUAUGACCUGGGCAAUAAGUUCAUUGCCUACAGCUCUGUGUUUGAUGAUGUGGUGGAUGUCCUGGCAGAGUGGGGAUGCCUCUAUGUGUUGACGAGGGAUGGGAAACUCCAUGUGCUGCAGGAGAAGGAUACGCAGACCAAACUGGAGAUGCUCUUCAAGAAGAACCUUUUUGAAAUGGCCAUCAACCUGGCUAAGAGUCACCACCUGGACAGCGAUGGGUUGUCCGAGAUCUUUCGCCAAUACGGAGAUCACCUGUACAACAAGGGCAACCAUGAUGGUGCUAUUCAGCAAUACCUCCGCACUAUUGGGAAACUGGAGCCAUCUUAUGUCAUCCGCAAGUUCCUGGAUGCUCAGCGGAUACACAACCUGACUGCUUACUUGCAGAUGCUCCACUUGCAAUCACUGGCCAAUGCUGACCACACCACCCUGCUGCUGAACUGCUAUACCAAGCUGAAAGACAUCUCCAAGCUGGAGGAAUUCAUCAAGACCAGUGAGAGCGAGGUGCACUUUGACGUGGAGACAGCUAUAAAGGUACUUCGCCAGGCAGGCUGUUGUUCCCAUGCUGUGUACCUGGCUGAGAAGCACAAGCACCACGAGUGGUACCUGAAGAUCCAGCUAGAAGAUAUCAAGAACUUCCAGGAGGCCCUGCGUUAUAUUGGCAAGCUGCCCUUUGAGCAGGCUGAGAGUAACAUGAAGCGCUACGGCAAGAUCCUCAUGCAUCACAUCCCCAAUGAAACCACUGAACUGCUGAAGAUCCUCUGCACAGACUAUCGGCCAAUGAAAGACCACGAGGGUUCUGGCCUUCUGGCGGAGCAGAGGGCAAAUCCUGAUGAAUUCAUUCCCAUCUUUGCUAACAACCCCCGGGAGCUGAAGGCUUUCUUAGAACACAUGUCUGAGGUUCAGCCAGAUUCUAAGCAGGGUGUAUAUGACACCCUGCUGGAGCUCCGUCUCCAGAACUGGGCCCAUGAACAAGAUCCACAGAUCAAAGAGAAGCUGCACAAUGAAACCAUUCUCUUGCUGAAGAGUGGAAAGUUCCAGGAGGUCUUUGAUAAGGCCUUGGUCUUGUGCCAGAUGCAUAAUUUCAAGGAUGGGAUCCUUUACCUCUACGAGCAGCAUAAACUUUUCCAGCAGAUCAUGCAUUACCAUAUGCAGAAUGGGCAGUACCGGAAGGUGGUGGAGGUUUGCGAGCUGUAUGGGGAACAAGAGGCCUGUCUUUGGGAACAAGCACUUGGCUACUUUGCCCACAAGGAGGAGGACUGCAAGGAGUACAUUGCGGCUGUGCUCGCACGCAUCGAAACCAAGAAUCUCAUGCCUCCUUUGCUGGUUGUGCAAACUUUGGCUCAUAAUUCCACGGCCACCCUGUCAGUCAUUAAGGAUUAUCUCAUCAGCAAACUGCAGAGACAAAGUUGCCAGAUAGAGCAGGAUGAACAAAAGAUCCAGAAAUACCGGGAGGAAACCAAGCGGAUCCGCCAGGAUAUUGAAGAACUGAAAACAAGUCCAAAAAUAUUCCAGAAGACAAAGUGCAGCAUCUGCACCAGCGCUCUGGAGCUGCCCUCAGUGCAUUUCCUGUGCGGCCAUUCCUUCCAUCAGCACUGCUUUGAGAGCUACUCGGAGAGUGGGUCAGAGUGCCCCACAUGCCUUCCUGAAAACCGGAAAGUCAUGGACAUGAUCCGUGCCCAAGAGCAGAAGCGAGACCUGCACGAUCAGUUCCAACACCAGCUGAAAUGUUCCAACGACAGCUUCUCUGUGGUUGCUGAUUAUUUUGGCCGUGGUGUUUUCAACAAACUGACCCUCCUCACAGACCUUCCUCCAAGCAAGUCGGCCGCAGUGCUGGAUGCCAACUUGCAGCGGGACCUGCUUGUCAAGACAAAGAGGAGCACCUAGAAGUCCCUUCGUCCAGAUGGGUUUACUUUGUGGAGCUGGGAAGCGGCAGAG